GGAUUAAGGCCCAAAGAAAAUUCUCAUAUACACACACACACACGCAGUGAAACUUCGACAGGCAUUAUACCUUUUGCCCUCGCCGGAACAAAAAACCUUACUGAUCGGCCGACGGGCAUCAGCUUCGGAGAAGGAGAUUGAGAAUUAGGGCUGAGGGAACAGUCAACUUUGGAGAUUAGGGCUUUAUUACAGUCAUCACCAGUCUGAAACAAUGGACGCGGCCGUCGAUUUCAGUUCACCUGUGUCCACGGGAACUACCAUCAUCGGAGUUACCUACAACGGCGGAGUUGUGCUCGGAGCAGAUUCACGUACCAGCACUGGUAUGUAUGUUGCUAAUAGGGCAUCCGACAAAAUCACGCAGCUAACUGACAACGUGUAUAUCUGCCGCUCUGGAUCGGCAGCUGAUACACAGAUUAUUUCAGAUUAUGUCCGCUACUAUCUUGAUCAACAUACGAUUCAGCUUGGGCAACCUGCAACAGUCAAAGUUGCUGCAAAUCUCGUGAGGUUGAUUGCAUACAAUAACAAGAACAUGCUACAAGCUGGAAUGAUUGUUGGUGGGUGGGACAAAUAUGAAGGGGGAAAGAUCUAUGGUGUACCACUUGGAGGAACACUAAUUGAGCAGCCUUUCAGUAUUGGAGGUUCGGGAUCUACAUACUUGUAUGGUUUUUUUGACAAAGAAUGGAAGGAAGGAAUGACUCAACAAGAAGCCGAGGAGCUGGUGGUCAAAGCUGUCUCUCUCGCCAUUGCUAGAGAUGGUGCGAGUGGUGGUGUAGUCCGGACUGUGACUAUUAACUCUGAAGGGGCAACCAGAAAUUUCUACCCUGGUGACUCCCUUCCUCUAUGGCAUGAAGAAUUGGAACCACAGAACUCGCUGCUUGAUAUUUUGGCAUCUGCACCGCAGCCAAUGGAUGCUUGAACAUGUGGCACUGUAAACAAAGGAGCUGUCUAGUCGAAGCCUUACUAUUGGAAUCAACCUGUGUGGUCGAAAGUUUGCUUCUGGAAUCUAAUUCUGUUCGAGGCUUAUAGUUCUAUUUUGUACUGUUAAAUUUAUCUAUCUACUUCUUUUUAGCUUUUCAAAUUACUGAAACCAACCUUGUUCAAAAUCCUUAUCCCAGCUUUUCGUUUGAUUUUAUAUGGUUUUCCUUUUGAAUUUCCAAUGUUCUAUUUUUGUGUGAAUGGAGCCAGCCUUGAGGGUUAACAAAAAACAUUUGCAUUAAAUGCAUGGAUCAAAAGCAAUAUUUUCACAUGGAUACAAAUAAUGAAUAUGGUGGACAUACUUAAUCAGAAGUAGGAUAUCUCGUGGCUCUUAUUAAUAUUUCACCUUCUCAUUUUUGUGUUAAACUUGUGGAGAUCUCUUAAAGUCUGUUGCUUUAAAAUGUUAAUGAUAGCAUGUAAAUAGUCUAUGAAGGGUGAAGAUUGUGGAUGAAUGCCAACAGAACUACAGUUGCUAUAUUUCUCUUCAGACAUUUUUGUGAACCGGAAGUAUCAAUAACUGCCUUUUUGUCAGUGCUUCUGAACAACAUUUUAGAAAGAACUGAAGGAGUAUACUCCAGCAAAUUAGCAUCCUUAUUAGGAUUCGAAAGUAAUCCAAACCCUAGAUACAGACAGAGCGUUGUUCAAUUCUAUGCCUUAAUUGGCUUAAAAACAACAGUGGAAUGUUUUGCAAUGUGCAAGCUGAAUUGUCCUCCUUUUUCGCUCACAUCAACCUUGUCCAACCCUGAAGGAGCCUGCAUUUCAAACUCUGUCACCAAUUUAGCCACCAUUAGUCCUAAAAUAGGCAAUGCAAGAAUGAUCCCGGGGCAGCUUCUUCUCCCCAUCCCAAAAGGCAAGUACCUAAAAUCAACUUUACCACCAGCAAUGGCAGCCUCAGUGCCCCUCUCUUCCUCCAAGAAUCUCUCCGGACGGAACUCCUCUGGGUUCUUCCACCAUUCAGGGUUGUUAGCCAACCACCAUGCAUUCACAACCACCUUUGAUUCUUUAGGAAUGGUGUACUUUCCCAACUUUGCCUCUUCAAGGUUCAUAUGCGGCACAAGCAAAGGUAUCGGUGUGUGGAGUCUCAGUGCCUCGUUGACAGUGGCUUGUAAAUAUGGUAACUCAUGAAGGUUUGAUUCCGUGACUGGUUUUCCUUUGAGGUUCGUACGGAUUUCGUCUCUGAUUUUGUUUUGAACGUUUGGAUGGUUCACCAACUCUGCAAUAGUCCAUUCCAUUGACCAGAGGGUGGUUUCAAUUGCUGCGACGUUGAUGUUUUCAACAAUGUACAGAACAUUUUCAGCACUGAUCUCUCCUUUCUUUUCAGCAUCAAUUAUGUGAUCAAUGGCGCAUGUUAUCUUGUGUUUUUCUCCAUUUUCUGCCAUUAUUUUCCUGUACGAGACGUUAAUAUAGUCAGAUAGGAUAUGCAUUUGAUCAGCAAGACUAGUUGGUAAGAGACUGAAUUACUUGAUCAUCUGUCUCACCUUUUGUUUUCCACUACUGAAAACUGAGGCAUUUUAACAACUACAACUGAUUAUGAUAAGUAUUGUAGCAAGUGUCAUCAAAAUUAACUUCUUUUUCUUUUUCAAGAAACUGCUAUGCAAGUGAAAUGCAAACUUUGUUAAGAUAAUUAGAAACGGCACGAAUUUCCAAUCAGAAAAGCAUGUGUUACCUUCUUUCCUCAACAUAAUGAUUGUUGAAGAAUGCCAAUCUUUUUCUCUGCAAAUCCCUGCAUCUGUUCAGAUACCCUCUCAAGAAUGGCCUAAGCAAAGGAAUAUAUUCUCCAUAAUUGUACUCAAAACUCUGUGCCAAGCGGCUUCUUUCGGAAUUGAACUGGGAAGCUUGAAUAAACAUUGGAUCACUCAGUGACUCGAAUUUCGCAUCAAACAUCAUUCUGUAAAGGAUGUUAUAGAGCAUCAACUGCAACCUUUUCCUAAUAACAAUCCCUUCUGUUUGCACCUUUUCGUCAUUUCUCAAAUCAUGAAGGACUAAAUCCAUUUCAUCUUCCCACAUGUCACUGUACUGAUGAACAACCUUGUUGGUGAAAAAUGGAAGCGUCAUUAUACGCCUCAUUUUCCGCCAAUGCUCGCCAUAGAUUGUGAAAACCAUGUCUUGUCCGUUUCCUGUGAAGAUAUCAAACACGACAUUACGCGGGCGGGAGCCAAAUUCCACUCCUUGUGAGUGCAAAACUUGUGUUGCUAGCUCUGGAUUAGAUACCACAACCAAGUUUUUCGACCCGAGUUUGAGUAAAAACACGGGACCAUAUGUUUGAGACAUCUUGGAAAGGAUUCUGUGGUUCAAGUCAUUCCCAACUUGCAGCCAGUUUCCAAAGAUUGGAAUGGAAAAUGGCCCUGGUGGGAAUUCUUCACCCUUUGAUCUCCUGAACUGGAGAUAAUGAUUACGUAACGCAAGAAAUGGGAUUGCAAGAAAAAGGGUGUAUUUCAGAUUGUUGAAUGACAGAAUUGCUAAAGUUAAGAGAGUAAACAAGAUGGAAUUUGUGAGUAGUCUGGCCAUGGUUGCUGAACAGGCACAGGAAAAUCAGAAAAU